AUGGCGUUCAGUACCUCCGGCCCUCAGAUCUUUGAUGAUGCCAAUCGUCCCCCGGCUCGAUCUUCGGUCUUCCGGACAAUCAUGUCCAAACCUCACAAGCGAAACCAAUCCGCCGAUGAUGCCAUGGCUCCGCCCUCACCGACCAAACAACCAACAUCGGUUCCAUUCCCCUGGGCAAACGGCCCAUCGUCAGGCCCUGGUCACCUCCCACUAUCCGAGAUCGUCCCCAACCGCGAUGCCGGCGAUAACGGCGGUCCCGCUCAGAAGAUAGGAAGCAAGGGGAGCAAGGGUGCUCUACAUAAGAAAACCAAAAGCGCUGUCUCUCUUAAAUCCCUACGAAGCUACAUGGGAAAGGACAAGUCCGACGAAACCAACAGUGUUGCGUCUGACGAAAUGCAACCAAAGAAGACUAAAUCGACCAACAGCCUGUCGGCGAUCCUGAAGCGUUCCCAGCGAGGACGCAAAGGUGAUGGCUCCAAGCAGAGCCGUGAGAAAGAAAACCGCAGUCCCACCGAUCUCAUUGACAAUUUGAAUAUGCCCUCCCCGAUGCCAUCUCCAGUUUGGCUACAGUCGGCCCCGAUCUACAAUGAUUCUAUGACUCGUGCACGACAGAAUUCCAACGCCGAUAGACAUCGAACCCUGGCAGACGAGGUCUCGCUCUACACCCCAAAGGGCUAUAGCCCCGCUCAACAACGCAAUUUCUAUGAUUACCACCAGCCAUCCCUCACCAGAGCUGGGGAAGCGAAGCCCCGGCCCAAGUCCGAUUGUCUACAGGGUAACAGAAAACUGAAGGAUCUCAUGGGAACCAUCCAACGCGAGCAAUCGCGGGACAGUUAUGCCAUGGAGAAGGUCGACACAGCAUCCUCGAGGGGACCAAGACUCGAGAGGUCGAGAAAGAUGUCCGCCCCAGAAUCGCCUGCGAGACCGCAAGAGCAGCCAAGUCCCAAGAAGCUGUCUCGGGUUCAGGCAGCCAUCUCUGCAUUCAAUGCAAAGGAAAAGACGUCGACGUCCACAAACAUCUAG